AUGGUAUUAUUCAAGGUUAAGAAGAAUGUGAUGAUACUAAUAUAAUAUCUAAUAAUACUUGUUAUUAAUGCAAAUAUUCAUGCAAAAGCUUUUGCAAAACUUGUUUAUUUGGAAUUUGUUCUGAAUGUGUUUUUGGAUUUGAUCUUAAUGCUGAUUUUAAUUGUGUUGCUUCUUGUGGAGAUGGUAAUGUAGUUCCUUAUUCCGCUGAAUAAUGCGACCUGUCGGAUAAUAGGGAAUGGGAGGAUUGUUCGGAUUGUAGAUUUCUCUUAAUAGCUAAUUGUCAACGUUAACUGCUUUCAAUGUGCUUGGUGUGUGAAGUAGGAUAUUAACUGUCAGAAAAUACAUGUCUUCCUUAUUGCGGAGAUAAAUUUGUUCUCUAAUAGUAUGAAGAUUGUGAUGAUGGAAAUUUGCUACCUUAUGAUGGUUGCUUUGAAUGUAAGUUUUAAUGCGCUGAAGAUUGCAUCAUAUGCAAUUUAGGAAAAUGCAUUUUUAUAUGUGAAGAUGGAUAUAGGUUUGUUAAUAAUAGGUGCCUUUCUGUUUGUGGUGAUCAGAUUGUCACAAAGGAAGAAGAUUGUGAUGAUGGCAAUACAAUCUAAUUUGACGGUUGCUUUGAUUGCAAGUAUUCUUAUUCAUGUCCACAAAAUUGUCAUGAAUGCUAUCAAGGUAUUUGUUUAAAGUGCAAUGAUUAGUAUUAAUUACAAAUUUCUAAUUAAUGCAAAUGAUAAUUAUAAUGUGGAGAUGGAUUGCUUUAGUAAUAAGAGGAAUGCGAUGAUGGAAAUUUGGAAGUACUAGAUGGAUGCAAGAAUUGCUUGA